AUGUCUGGAGCCGCGUGCGAUGAUAAACAGGUUGAGAGAAGCAGCCCAAACGGCACAUAUGAGUCAGGGGUGGACGGGAGGAGGAGGAGGAGGAGGGAAGGGGACAGAUGUGUCCACCCCACUGCUGCGCCGGACAACACACCGCUCCCACUGCGAGCACAGGCUGGAGCUGAGGACGCGCUUCACGGGGGCAGCGGCAACAGGAACGCGGGGGAUUCUACAGGCUUUAAGUGCCACUGGGAUUUAGCACGAGAGCGAUGA